AUGAGUUCGAGUUACUGCGUCCGUUGGGGCAUACUGGCCACAGGUGAUAUCGCUAGAACCUUCACGAAAGAUCUACUCAUAAAUCCCGAGACCCGUGGAGUCCAUGAUAUUCAGCAUACGGUGGUCGCUGUUGCAUCAUCGUCUUCGCUCAUCUCUGCAGAAAACUUUGUCAGCAACAUUGUAACACCCAAGCAGCAAGAACCACUCUGCGCCGCCUAUGGCACGUACUCGGAACUUGUCCAGCAAACUAAUGUGGAUAUCAUAUACGUAGCAACGCCUCAUUCUCAUCAUUUCCAGCAUGUCGUGCUGUGCCUCGAUGCAGGAAAAGCGGUGCUUUGCGAGAAACCAAUGACAGUCAACGCGCGCCAGGCAAAGGCACUCUUCGAAAAGGCAAAGGAGAAGGGCCUUUUUCUUAUGGAGGCUGUGUGGACACGAUUCUUCCCCGUUUCGAUUGCCGUGCGGAACCACAUGAUAGACAACAAGAUCGGUGAAGUCUUGCGCGUCAGCGCAGAUAUGACCCACAUAUUACACGAUGAACAAUGGGACGUCGGAAACCGACUUAUCAGGAAAGAUCUUGCUGGCGGAUGUUUGUUGGACAUUGGUCCAUAUCCAUUGCUGUGGAUCUUGCAGACAAUGUGGCACAUUGUCCCUAAAGAACGCAGGAAAGGCGAACCACGGAUAAAAGGAACAGCCAUGACCAUGGACCCGCGGACAGGGGUGGACAUAAUGACCACCAUGCUGAUCGAGCUGCAAAGCUCACCCAAGGGUGAACAAAAAGCCCAGGCGGUGGCUACUACGGGCUUCUGUGUGACGUUUGACCCAGAUGGCGAGAACACCGCGGGCCCUACAGUUCGCCUCUACGGAACCAAGGGUGAACUGCAGGUCAUUGGACCUAUUUACAGACCCGAGAAAUACCGUAUCAUCCUCCAUUCGGGACAGAUCAUUCAAGAGAAACUACCGGUUCCUGCUGGAGGCCAUGGUAUGUUUUGGGAGGCAGACGAGGCCGCCAGGUGUUUGCGCGAUGGCAGGUUGGAGAGCGGAGUUAUCCCAUGGGACGAAAGCAUCCUCACUAUGGAGUUGCUUGACGAAGCCAGGAGACAAGGAGGAUUGGUUUAUCCAGACGAAAUCGAGAGGCUUACGAUAUAA